AUGGACCAAUAUUCAGAGUAUGCUGAAAGUUAUGCCGCUAGCACUAUCAAUUCUGUUCUUAAUGAAAGUCCAGAAUCAUUUACGCCUCCAAGAAGUGGCAAAUAUUACAUGCAAACUUCUGAAUAUCAUGUCCAGCAAGCUGACCAUGCCGUAAAAGCCUUGAAACUUGUCGUGAAUGAAUCAGGAUGGAAGAAGAUUUUAAUGAACAAAAGGGGUACUAUUGUUUAUAAUAAGCAGGGAAGUAUAUUAGACGAAAGAACUCCAGUGUAUAUGGGUGAACACGAAAUAGUGGGUUUUACACCACAAGCAAUAUUUGCUGUUAUUGGAAUGAGAAAACCUUGGGAUGAUUGGUACGAAGGAGGCCAUCUUGUCGACAAUUUGAAUGAUACAACAAGUACAACUUAUAUGGUCAUGCAUGCGUUAGCCGGCACAAAACCAAGAGACUUGUCAUUAGUGGAAAAAAUAGAAUGUACCUCAACAGGUGAAAUUUACUUUGCCACAGCUUCAGUUGACAAUCCAAAGGUUCCUCACAUUUCUGGAAGAAUCCGUGCAGAAAUUAUACUGAAUGGCUGGGUUCUCCAAACUCUUUCCACUUCCCCGCCCCGAACAAAAGUUACCUACGUUCUUCAAGUAAAUGUUAAUAGUUGGAUUCCAGGAUUUAUUGUCUCAACAUAUAUGUCUAGAAGGCCUCUUGUUCUUUGUGCUGUUGAAGAUUAUUUGAUAAAGAAUGAUCCGCCAAUAAUGUCAAUAAAUAAUACAUCACAAAUAUCACAAACUUCUCCGAAACUUGCUCCCAAACUUUCUAAUGGUAUACGUGAUAAUAAUAUUGUAGAGAGAAAAACCCCAAAGCGUAAAAUAUCUUUCAAAGAAAGUGAAGAUAUUAAUUUUACCACUUUUGAUAGUGAUACUAUAUAUGAAGAAUCUAUUCAACUAUCUGAAAACCAAAAUACUUUUGUCGAUGAUAAUUUACUACCAUUAAUUCCACCCGAUACCUCAUUUCCAGUAAAAUCACCUAAGUUAGCACAAAGACCAAUGCCUGUGCCUCCAAGUUCGCCUCAAGCAAUGUCGCCAAGAAAUAUGUCAAUUACCUCGGAUGUAAACCAAUCAUUAAGACAUGAUCGUCAUCAUAAUUCUGCAAUAAAAGCAUUGUCUAAACUAAAAACAUUAGCAAAUGAUUUAAAUGGUUGGGAAUUUCAUACGGAGGAGCGAGGUGUAAAGAUUUAUGUAAAAGAAGGAAUUUCUAACACUUUGCCAAUGACGCGUGGUGAUGCUAAAAUUGUCGGCAAAUAUACAGCCGAUGAUAUUUUGUCGGUCAUUUCUGAACUUGAAAUGAGAAAAAUUUGCAAGUUGAAUUGGGAUUCUCGAUUUGAUGAAGGUAUAAACAUUGAACGUUUGGGACCAAACGAAUUUUUAACAAAACUCGCGAUGAAGAGUAACUUCCCGAUCAGUCGACGAGACUUGUCAACGGUUAGUAUUAUUGAACGUGAUACAGAAACUGGUACAAUUUGGCAUGCCAGCACUUCGGUCGUCGAUCCUUUGAUGCCUGUAAAUAAAAGACAUGUUCGAGCGAAUUUAGAUAUUUCCGGAUGGCAGUUACGUCCUAAGGUUGACGAAGAAGAUUUGUCAACGUACAUGGAAAUUACCUACAUUGUUGAUAUUGAUAUCAAACUUGAACAAAUCCCCUCGUCGAUCACCAAAAACAUUUUAUUGCAACCACCAUUAUGUGUCGCAAAUGUCAUAGAAAUAUUGAGAACAAUGGGACAUCCACCAUAUAUAAAGAAUACUACUGAUUCAGUUAUAAAUGAAGGAAUUAAUACCAAAACUUUUCAAUAUGAUUUGGCCAUGGAAGUUAUUGGUAAUGGAGUAACUGACAUCAAAACUUCAAAGACAAUGUAUCCUAACGGGUUUGAUGUAUCAGUUGCACCAGAAGGUUUAAAAAUUGAAUUAUUGGCACCAAGGUAUACUGACAUAAGAGUUACUGUGCCAGAUGAAUUGCAUUUAGAAACAGUAAAUAUUAGGAUUACAAAAAAUCCAAUAAGAGAUUAUUCAAUAGAUUCCCCAGCACCGUCGUCAACAGAUGGAUCAGAGGAUAAUUAUAUGUUAUCUAUGC